GGUUCAAAGGAAUACGUUACAAACGUCAAUGCAAAUGUUUAAAAUUACUUCUGAUUGCAUCUAGUUUUAUCCUGAAUGAUCUAGGAUAAGUGAAAACAAGCUGACGCCUCUUUAAUCCAUCGACUUAAUUAAUGUAAUCAGAUAAUUUCUUUAUUUUCUUAUUCACCUUAGUAGAUGCUAAUUUUGAGGUUAGUUAAACGUCAUUUUUAUAAAAUUGUCCAACAAAACCCAAAAAAAUGAUGAAUUUACCAGAAAGUGAUAGCGAAGAUGAGUUACCACCUGGUUGGGAAGAAAGAGUGACUGGAGAUGGAAGUGUUUACUAUGCAAAUCAUCUUACAAAAAACACCCAGUGGACCCAUCCAAGAACCGGCAAAAAGAAGGUUGUUUUGGGAGAUUUACCUUAUGGCUGGGAAAGAUGUAUAGAUAAAAGCACCGGUAAAGUUCUCUAUAUUGAUCAUGAAAAUCACAGAACCACAUACACGGAUCCAAGACUGGCAUUUGCCGUUGAAGAGAAAGAACAUAUUAACGAUUUUCGUCAGAGGUUUGACGCUUCAAGUACAGCCCUACAUGUACUACAUGGCAGAGAUUUAACAAAUACAACUGCUCUUAUUACAGGAGCAAACACAGGAAUAGGUUUUGAGACAGCUCGAUCACUAUUAAAGCAUGGUUGCAAGGUAAUUUUUGGCUGUAGAAAUGUUCGAGCUGCUGAAGAAGCUAUAGAGAAAAUACGACAGGAAAAGUCAACUGCUGCAGAAAACUGUGAAGCUUUACAUCUUGAUUUGACAUCACUUAAAAGUGUUGUUACAUUUGCAAAUGUAGUAAAAGUAAAAUACAAAGUUUUGAAUGCUGUGAUAUUAAAUGCAGGCGUUUUUGGGCUGCCCUACUCAAAGACUGAAGAUGGAUAUGAAACCACAUUCCAAGUAAAUCAUCUAUCCCAUUUCUACUUGACGUUAUUGCUAUAUCCCUUGCUCAAAACUGGAAGUAGAAUUAUUGUAAUUUCUUCUGAGUCUCAUAGGUUCGCAAAUUUGACACUGGACACAAUUUGUCCCAGUAUUUUAUCACCUGACUCGCCUGCUAAAUACUGGGAUAUGAUGGCUUACAAUAAUUCAAAACUAUGUAACAUCUUAUUUGCAAAGCAGCUUGCAAAAAACUGGCAAAGUCAUGGAAUAUCAGUUUUCAGUUUACACCCUGGGAAUAUGGUAUCAACAAAUCUUGCAAGGAAUUGGUGGCUCUACCGACUUCUUUUUGCAGUCGUGCGCCCCUUUACAAAGUCAUUACAACAAGCUGCAAGUACAAAUGUCUUUUGUGCCACAGCUUCAGAACUGAAUGGACUUUCAGGACUUUACUUUAAUAAUUGCUGUCGAUGUGAGACUAGUAAAGAAGCAAAAAAUGACGAAUUGGCAAAAAAACUGUGGGAUAUUAGUGUGGAUAUGGUCAAAAAUGCAAUUGGACCUAAUGCCUUUGGUGAACUUACGCUGAUAGAGGAUAUCUUUUAAUCAUAAUUAUUAAACUAUUUAUAGCUCAAUAAAAAUUUCAUAAAAACGGAAUUGCAUUAACCGAAUUAAUCUUUUAUAAGUUGAAGUAAAAGGAUCGUCUGGAGGAUCGUAUUGUACAAUCCAAUCAACUGCUGGAAUAUCAAGACCCCUAGCAGCUACAUCGGUACAAAGCAAUAUUCC